UCCCCUUCCCGGGGAAGCUGUGACGCCCCCCGCUGCAGCGGCAGAGCGGGUGGGGGUGGGGGCCCGGGCGAAGAUGGCGACGCCGGGAAGCGAACCCCAGUCUUUCGCCCCUGCCCUCUCGGGGUCUGCUCUGCACCCACAUCAUCAUCCCCACCACCACCACCACCACCAGCACCUCGGAGGCGCCGGGGCCAACGGCGGGGCCGCGGGAGGCGGCGGCGGCGGCGGCGGCGGCGGCGGGGGCUUCCACCUGCCCUUGAACCGGGGGCUGGAACGCGCCCUGGAGGACGCCGCCAACUCGGGGGGGUUGAACCUCAGCGCCAGGAAACUGAAGGAAUUUCCCAGGACCGCGGCCCCGGGGCACGACCUCUCGGACACGGUGCAGGCAGAUUUAUCUAAAAACAGACUGGUUGAAGUUCCAAUGGAAUUGUGCCACUUUGUAUCACUGGAAAUUCUUAAUCUGUAUCAUAAUUGUAUCAGAGUCAUUCCUGAGGCCAUCGUUAAUCUGCAGAUGCUGACUUACUUAAACUUGAGUCGAAAUCAGCUGUCCACCCUGCCUGCCUGCCUGUGUGGUCUGCCUCUCAAAGUGUUAAUUGCAAGUAACAACAAACUUGGAUCGCUGCCAGAAGAGAUUGGUCAGCUCAAACAGUUAACGGAGUUGGAUGUCAGCUGCAACGAGAUCACAGCCUUGCCCCAGCAGAUAGGUCAAUUGAAAUCUCUACGAGAACUAAAUGUCAGAAGGAAUUACCUUAAAGUUUUACCACAAGAACUAGUAGAUCUUCCCUUGGUAAAGUUUGACUUUUCCUGCAAUAAAGUGCUCGUGAUUCCCAUUUGUUUUAGAGAGAUGAAGCAGCUGCAAGUAUUACUACUUGAAAAUAACCCUUUGCAGUCUCCUCCAGCACAGAUUUGCACAAAGGGCAAAGUGCACAUAUUCAAGUAUCUGAGCAUACAAGCCUGUCAGAUUAAAGCAACUGACUCCCUUUAUCUGCACACAAUGGAGAGGCCACAAUUACACCAGCAUGUGGAAGACAGCAAGAAGGAUUCUGAUUCAGGCGUUGGAAGUGAUAAUGGAGAUAAGCGAUUAUCGGCCACAGAGCCUUCUGAUGAAGACACUGUUAGCCUCAAUGUCCCGAUGUCAAAUAUCAUGGAAGAAGAACAGAUCAUCAAGGAGGACUCAUGCCAUCACCUUAGUCCCAUAAAAGGGGACUUUCAUCAGGAAUUUCAAUCAAAGCCUUCUCUUGGUGACAAUGACAACUCUGGAGAAGAAAGAGACCAAUUUACCCAUGGAACAGAUGUUCUCCACUCGGAAUUUAUAAAUUAUAUUAAGGACAGGACAGAAGUCUGUGAAGAACCGUUACGGAUAGAAGAGGAUAUACACUGGCAAUCCGAGGGAAUUUCAUCUAAAGACCAGGAAAUGGCUAUAGCAAUGAUUGAACAGCUGAGAGAAGCAGUAGAUUUGCUGCAAGAUCCCAACAGAUUAAGCACCAAUAUUACAGAGAAAAAUGUGGUAAACUUUUAUCCAAAGGAAUCAGCAGAAGCCUUAGAAUUACAAGAUUCUGCACUGAAUGGUCAAAUGCAGCUGGAGCCGUCUCCGGUGUGUGAGGUGCAAAAUAAUCUAAUGUCACAGAGUAAUGGGAGCGAGUAUUCUCCAAAUAAGAUUAGAGAAAACUCCCCUGAAAUCUCUCCUACCACCAGCAGUACAGCUCCGUUUGGCCUGAAACCUCGAUCAGACCCAGCCCUCACUCUUCCUCCUAUCUCCUUCAACAAACUUACACAGGCACAAACAUGGGACAACUCUAGCUACAGUGUUCCAUCUGAAGGAGACAGUGACAAUGUGUUUCUAAGACCUCAGAGAAAUUUGGAAUCUAUAGACCCACAGUUUACAAUUCGGAGGAAAAUGGAACAAAUGAGAGAAGAAAAAGAACUGGUGGAACAACUCCGUGAGAGCAUUGAGAUGAGACUCAAGGUCAGCCUGCACGAAGACCUGGGGGCUGCGCUCAUGGAUGGUGUUGUCCUCUGCCAUCUGGUCAAUCACAUCCGCCCGCGAUCUGUUGCAAGCAUCCACGUUCCCUCACCAGCAGUUCCCAAGCUUAGCAUGGCCAAAUGCAGAAGAAAUGUGGAAAACUUUUUGGAAGCAUGCCGAAAAUUAGGAGUACCAGAGGAAAAACUAUGUCUACCCCAUCACAUCCUUGAAGAGAAAGGCCUGGUCAAAGUGGGCAUUACUGUUCAAGCAUUGCUAGAUGUAACUAUAACGAAGGCUGUAUUCACAUGAAACCAACUCCUGUCCUUUGGGUCGGCCCAAACCCUUCUCCCAUCAGAGAUCCUGAACUCUGCUCUCGGCACCAGUUCCCCCAUCCUCCCACCCAUUGCCUGUGUUCAUGAGUCUAGUUGCAUUUAAGGGAGGACCUAAGAGAAGAUAUUCUACCUUUCAGAACUGACCUCCGACAUUAAGAUGUGACAGGUAUUUAUCUUGAAGCCAGUGAGGGAGCUGGUUACGAAGAGCUAACAGCACAUCAAUGCCUUUACAACCUCUUGCACCCCUUCCAUGCUCACCCACUGCCAUUACCAAAAUACCAAGCACAACUACUUUGCAGCAACAUGCACUUGUUUCACUAAAGCCAAACUCAUUGUGUAUUUAGUGGGGGGAUGAGGGAGGGACUCAAUCAAGUUUUUCAUCACCAAAUUUUUCAAGAGAUUUCUUGAGACCAUUGCCUUUUAAAAAUCUAUUUUCGACAUACAAAAUAUUUAUAUAAAUAUUAUUUAUUAGUGAGUUGUUAUUCAUCCUUUGGGUGCAAAUUGUAAAUUAGGAAACUAUUUUAUUACUGCUUUUUUGUGGUUAAACACUUUUUAAAUUAUAAAUAUUGAGUUAUUUUUUAUCCUCUUUGGUGUGCAUUGUCUGGGUCUCAAUAAUCAUGUUUUCUGGUAUAUAUGACUCAGAAAAAUAACAGGUGCUUCUAUGACAAGACCUGUUUUCUGGGGAGGCAUUACUUACACUUUGGUUUAUAGAACACUGGUCUUGUUUAUAUUUCUGCAUUCCAUCCAGUUUCCUACAUUCCAGCAGCCCUGUUGUUCCCUGAUACAAUAAACUGACUGAAAUCAAGAGAGCGCCCCAAAGUUAUUUGUAAAUAGCUGUGAUGAGGAAAAAUACAUUAAACUUGAAGAUAAAAUGUGAACAGUUAUUUUUUGGAUUCAUACUUAUUUUGCUAUACACAAAACAUUCACAUUUUAACACAAAGAAGUAAUGUGUUAGCAUCAUGUAUCUUGAAGUAUAAUUUUGCACUGUAACUUGGGAAUUAAAGUCUAGUACCAAAGGAAAUAAGGAAAUGGUAUAGGAAAGUGGAGAUGAUACUAAGUUUAUUGUUUAAUCAAAAAGUUUCUUAAAGGGCAGCUUCAACUGAGAGUGAUCAAGAGUUACGUCAGACACAUAGACCUGGACCGGGAAACCAACACUUCCUACAACUGCCAGUUUUCAAAGAGGAAAAGAUUUUGAGAUGUGGACAUGCUCAUGUUAUUGUAAUUUAGUUGGUGGCUUUCAGAGUAGCCCAUAAAACACUGCAAGGUUCAUGGUCUCUGGAGUGAAACUAUAAAAGUAAGUCAGUAAGUUGGUGAGUUAGCUGCAUGCAAAAACGGGUGGGGGUA